AAUAGGCCCUGAUAUCGACCACUAUUCUACAGCACAACGAAAGCUUUCAGCAUAUUUUUUUCUAAACGCGUUUUCUUAAGUAUGAACCAUUCUGCUUUCCAUCGUGCGUUAUCUGUGGGUGACGUGUGUUUUAAGCUUGUGCUUGUCUGUGUUGAGCGAGUCUAUACUUUCUCCAUAAACAAGUAGAUAAAGUAAAAGCAAAAUAAAACAGAUCUCAUGGCUGCUGACUGGGAAGAAAUCAGACGUCUGGCUGCAGAUUUCCAAAGAGCACAGUUUGCAGAUACCAUUCAGAGAUUAUCUGAGAGAAACUGCAUAGAGAUUGUUGCAAAACUAGUUGAAGACAAGCAGUUAGAUGUGGUUCACACUCUGGAUGGUAAGGAGUACAUCACUCCUUCGCAGAUCAGCAGGGAGAUCCAAGAUGAGCUUUAUGUCCAUGAAGGUCGGGUAAACAUUGUGGAUCUGCACCAGAUUAUAAAUGUGGACUUGUCCCACAUCGAAAGCAGAGCCAGUGAAAUAGCAAAGUCAGUCAAAGGGGUUCAGCUGGUCCUGGGUCAGUUAAUUGAUGAAAAUUACCUAGAUCGCCUUGCAGAAGAAGUGAAUGACAAAUUGCAGGAGGCUGGCCAGGUGACUAUUGCAGAGCUUUGCAAAACCUAUGACCUCCCUGGGGAUUUCUUGACAGAGGUGCUGUCAGAGCGUCUUGGCAGAAUCAUCCAAGGUCAGAUGGAUCAGUAUGACAGAGGGGUGAUUUUCACCCAAGCGUUCGUGUGUCGGCACAAGGCACGGAUUUGUGGACUGUUCAGUGCAAUCACUCGGCCUGUCCCUGUGAAUAAUUUAAUCAGCCUGUAUGGAUUUCAGGAGCACCUUUUGUACUCUGUUUUGGAAGAACUUGUGAGCUGUGGACGCCUGAAAGGGACGGUGGUCGGUGGGAGACAGGACAAGGCCGUCUACAUUCCGGAUAUCUACACCAAAACACAAAACAACUGGAUCGAUUCCUUCCUGAAACAGAAUGGUUAUUUAGAAUUUGAUGCUUUGACCAGGCUUGGGAUUCCUGAUCCACUGAACUACAUUAAAAAACGGUACAAAUCCGAGAAGCUUUUAUUCCUUCGAGCCGCCUGUGUUGGUCAGAACAUUGUUGAUCAGGUUGAGGCUUCAGUGGAGGAGGCAGUCAGCUCGGGUACCUGGAUAGAUGUGCAGCCAAUGUUACCUAGCUGUCUCUCUUUAGAUGACACUGGCAUUUUGGUAAACCAAGUUAUGAGAACCAGCAAUGUACAGUCAUCUGCCAGGAUCCUCAAUGGAAGCAUUGUAGUCAGUGAGAAGUUUAUAAGCAGCUGCAUUUCUCUUUUUGACCAGUCAAUGCGCAUGAAGGCAGAAAAGGAAAUGAAGAAUAAUCCUGUUUUUCUGAUCACGGAAGAAGAUAUAAAGCAAGCCUCAGUUCUAGCAGAAAAUUCAGCUCCUUCAAAGAAAGACAAGAGGGAUGAAAGAAGGAAGAAAGCAGGAGAGGGCUCUGGAAGUGUCAAAGGAGGUGGUGGGGGAAAUUCACGAGAGAUCAGGAUACGCAAAACCAAGAAGAAAGGCAGGAGGGAAGAUGACAGUGAUGAGGACACAGAUGCUGCAACUCAAAAUCGAAACAAGCAACAAGAGGUGAAGUUCAUGUCUCAGGAAGAAAUUGAAGGGGUGUUACAGAAGCACAUCUGUGAUUGUCCAGAAGACAUGAUAUCUGAGCUCGCACAGCAUUUAAUUAGACCACUCGCCAAAAUGUACCAGGAUGUGGUCCAUACGGUUUUUAUGUCUUCCACAAGUUCUACCACUGGAGUCAGCAGGAAACAGAGUGUUAAAGAUCUACAGGAAGAGAUCAACAUUCUUUACAACAAUAUUAGGCUAUUUGAAAAAGGAACAAAACUCUUUUCGGAUGAUACUCAGGCUAAUAUUGCAAAGCAUGUACUGAAGACCAUGUGCACAGAUGUUACCAACCUGCUGUUUAAUUUUGUGGCUGCAGAAUUAAUGAUGGCUUUAGAAAAUUACAGCUCCAUAACAUACGAGGUCAGGGUAAAGAUUUUGGGAAAAUUGCCUGAAGAAACCAAAGGUCCUCUGAUGAAGCUUCACAACUCUCUGAAUGGAAAAAGCAUAGAAGAUUUUCUGACUAAUUUAGAGGCAGUAUCAGAAGUUUGUGGAAUUAUGCUGAAGAAAGGAGACAAAAAGAAGGAAAGGCAAGCUCUCUUCCAGCACAGACAGGCGCUCACAGAACAGUUGAAAGUGACUGAGGAUCCUGCCCUGGUUUUGCACCUGACGAGCGUUUUGCUGUUUCAGUUCACCACACACUGCAUGCUUCAUGCACCUGGUCGAUGUGUGCCACAGAUUAUUGCUGCCCUGAGUGCCAAAAUCUCCCAGGAUCAGCACAAACUGCUGACCAGAUAUCAGGGUCUGGUUGUCAAACAGCUUGUUGGUCAGAACAAAAAGCCAAACAAAGCGGAGAGAGAAGCUGCUGAGGGCCAGUCUGAGGAGGACCUAACUGAGGCUGUUGGCAAGGAGCUCCUGUCCCUGACUUCUGAAGUGAAGGACCUUGUCUUGAGAUCAAGGAAAAGUUCUCUGACCGAAGAAUGAACUGCCUGGAAAUUAAAUUUAAUAAAUUGAUCUGUAUUCAAUAUUAAAAAGCUUAUUCAGUUGCUCCAUUACCAUUAAUGCUUAUGCUAACAAAUAAUUUUUUCAGUGACGUUUUUGUCUAACCGUGUCAACAUAUUACUGCCAUUGCUUGUGUUUUAACAUUCACUGAUGUUUUAAGCUGCUGGUAGUAAAACAAUUGGUAUUUAAUUUCACAUUUCUUUCAGUUAUACAAAAAACUGUUUCUGUAAACAGUUCAUAAUUGAAUUCUUUUGUAGGUAUCUUUUUUUUAAAGAGCUAUUUUAUUAAUUGCAAUAGCCCUAAAGUUACAUCGAAGAACUGUUACUACUGAAUGCUUAAUGCAUAAGCAACUGAUAAAAUCAGCCACUUUCUAGAGAUUGUCCUUAUAAUGUACACAGAUAUACUGUAAAUGGCAAGCAUUUCAUUGCACUGCAGAUUGGUGAGCCACAGAGAUAAUUAUAUAUCAGUAUUUAAAUAAAUUCCAGUAAACUAAUAGAAUUACUAAUUACAUUAGAGGUUUCAUCCCCUGUCAACUCUGAAAUUUCUGUUCAUAUUCUUGUAUAUCUUUUCCUAAAAUGGCCACUUGAUAAUAGACUCGGUUAGAGCAAAGCACUCAUAUAAGGCAUGAAGGACAUUUUACAGCUAUAAAUGCUGGGCUUAGGGUUCUAUCACUGUAGUGAACUCUUUGAGCCCCAAUAUUGUAACUGUGUAUAAAAUAAAAGGACAAGCUAUUUUAUCUUUCAUGGAAA